AUGGCGCACCACGGAAGAAGCUCGCGAGACUACCCAGCCGGCAGGAGGUCCUCGCAGCACCGUUCAUCGCGAGACCGCGAGUAUACUAGCGAGAAGACACCACGCACCGUCCCUCCGCACAGCGAUAACCGUCGAAGUCGUAGUAGGCGCCGCGAGUCUCUGCCGCAAUACAACCACAAUGGACAUGCUGUGACACCGGGCAUCCACCCGGAGGGUGAGAGCGGUAGACGUGGCUUCAAUCCCAUCAAGUUCCUCGUCAUUUGCGGUCGGAGUAGCAGCAUGCCGUCCAUGUUAGUCAACAUGUUAUGGCCCAUUGUACCUGUUGCCAUUGCAAUGCACUUUGCCAAGCCCGAAUGGCAUCUUCCCAUCUUCAUCUGCAACUACAUUGCCAUGCUUCCCGCUGCCAAUAUGCUCGGCUUCGCUGGCCAGGAAUUCUCCCGCAAGAUGCCCAACAAGGCCUUUGCUGUUGUUCUCGAGACGACGUUUGGUUCCAUUGUUGAGAUUAUCCUGUUCAUGACCUUGCUCAAGACAUCCAACGGUGAUUCCAACGUACAAGUCAUCCGCGCUGCAAUCUUGGGUUCCAUCCUGGCCAACUUGCUGCUCUGCCUGGGUGUAUGCUUCAUCGCAGGUGGUCUCAAGAACAAGACACAGGAGUUCCACUCUGCCAUUUCCGAGAACGGCAGUGGUCUCAUGCUUGUCGCUUCGAUGGCGCUUGUCUUGCCCGCCAUCUUCUACUCGUAUCUUAAUGGGAACGUGGACUUUGAGCAAAACAUCAACGUUGCCACAAACACACGACUCAUCUCCCGCGGUGUUGCCAUCAUCUCGAUUGUCGGGUUCUUCAUAUACCUUGCCUUCCAGACCAUGUCGCACGAUGGCUUGCUUCACGAGAUCUACGAGGCAGACGACCACAAGGACAAGGACCGCCACGAGGAACUCAAGAAGCCCAAGCUCACUAUGACCGAAGUCAUUAUCGCUCUCAUCAUCUCUGUGGCUUGUGUCGCUCUUGUCGCCAUCGCCCUUGUCCAAGAGAUCCCGCAUUUGGUGGAAGAGCGUGGUAUUAGUGACGCCUUCAUCGGUCUUAUCCUCAUUCCCCUCGUCGAGAAGAUUGCCGAGCAUCUCCUCGCUAUCGAUGAAGCCUACGACAACCAGAUCAACAUGGCUCUUGCCCACGUCCUCGGUGCCUCCAUCCAGACUGCUCUGUUCAACGCGCCCCUCGUUGUCCUGGUCGGCUGGGGCAUUGGUGUCCACAUGGAUUACAACUUCACUAUGUUCGACGCUGCUGCUCUCGUUCUUGCAGUGCUCGCCGUCGGUUCUUUCCUUCGUGACGGCAGCUCCAAUUAUCUCGAGGGUGUGCUCUGUGUCAUGAUCUACAUGAUCAUCGCAAUCUGCGCCUUUUAUUUCCCCAACCCCUUGCACGAGGGUGCAGCUUCGGGUGGCCACUCAACUGGUGCUGCCGAGGGCGGCGGCGGCCACUGA